GAUGCAGAUUCCAGGGCCCCCCGUGGCCUGCAGAGGCCCCUCAGAGCAGGAAGGGCCGGGCUCUCGGGGAGCCCCCAUCCCAGGUGCUGAGGUCCUUGGGUCACAUGGAGCUGGGGUGGGGGGUGCCCAGGUCCCCUGUGAUCCGAUGGCCACGUUUCCCUCCUGGCUUCACGCACCCCAAGGGCUGGGGGUCCCACUCACUGCCCAUUUUCUGGCUGUGGGGGGGGUCUGUUUUCUUCCACCUUCUCAAGGUGUUCAGAGCCUCAGGGGCCUCCCCACUUCCUCUGGGGCCUGGGGGAGUAGAGUCUGUCACCCGGAGGCUGUGUGCCUCCCCGAGACAUUCCCCAGUGGCUGGGCCGACCAGGCAGGCUCUGCCUGUGGACGGGGCCACUGAGCAUGAGCGUGUGACCCCCAUUUCUGAGCUGUGGGUGGACCCACCGGGCCUGGGCCAAGGUUUUCAGGAGGCAGCUCUAUUCUACUCCGCCAUGGUGGCCUCCCUGAAAGGGACACAGACCAUGGCCUUGCCAACGGCUCGACCCCUGUUGGGGUCCUGUGGGACCCCCGCCCUCGGCAGCCUCCUGUUCCUGCUCUUCAGCUUCGGAUGGGUGCAGCCCUCGAGGGCCCUGGCUGGAGAGACAGGGCAGCAGGCCCUGUGCCCCCAGGAGGCUGCGCCCCUGGACGGAGUCCUGGCCAACCCACCUAAUAUUUCCAGCCUCUCCCCACGCCAACUCCUUGGCUUCCCGUGUGCGGAGGUGUCCGGCCUGAGCACAGAGCGUGUCCGGGAGCUGGCUGUGGCCUUGGCACAGAAGAAUGUCAAGCUCUCAGCAGAGCAGCUGCGCUGUCUGGCUCACCGGCUCUCUGAGCCCCCCGAGGACCUGGAUGCCCUCCCAUUGGACCUGCUGCUAUUCCUCAACCCAGAUGCGUUCUCGGGGCCCCAGGCCUGCACCCGUUUCUUCUCCCGCGUCACGAAGGCCAAUGUGGACCUGCUCCCGAGGGGGGCUCCCGAGCGACAGCGGCUGCUGCCUGCGGCUCUGGCCUGCUGGGGUGUGCGGGGGUCUCUGCUGAGCGAGGCUGAUGUGCGGGCUCUGGGAGGCCUGGCUUGCGACCUGCCUGGGCGCUUUGUGGCCGAGUCGGCCGAAGUGCUGCUACCCCGGCUGGUGAGCUGCCUGGGACCCCUGGACCAGGACCAGCAGGAGGCAGCCAGGGCGGCUCUGCAGGGCGGGGGACCCCCCUACGGCCCCCCAUCGACAUGGUCUGUCUCCACGCUGGACGCUCUGCGGGGCCUGCUGCCCGUGCUGGGCCAGCCCAUCAUCCGCAGCAUCCCGCAGGGCAUCGUGGCCGCGUGGCGGCAACGCUCCUCUCGGGACCCAUCCUGGCAGCAGCCUGAACGGACCAUCCUCCGGCCACGGUUCCGGCGGGACGUGGAGAAGACAGCCUGUCCCUCAGGCAAGAAGGCCCGCGAGAUAGACGAGAGCCUCAUCUUCUACAAGAAGUGGGAGCUGGAAGCCUGCGUGGAUGCGGCCCUGCUGGCCGCCCAGAUGGACCGCGUGAACGCCAUCCCCUUCACCUACGAGCAGCUGGACGUCCUAAAGCGUAAACUGGAUGAGCUCUACCCACAAGGUUACCCCGAGUCUGUGAUCCAGCACCUGGGCUACCUCUUCCUCAAGAUGAGCCCUGAGGACAUUCGCAAGUGGAAUGUGACGUCCCUGGAGACCCUGAAGGCUUUGCUUGAAGUCAACAAAGGGCACGAAAUGAGUCCUCAGGUGGCCACCCUGAUCGACCGCUUUGUGAAGGGAAGGGGCCAGCUAGACAAAGACACCCUAGACACCCUGACCGCCUUCUACCCUGGGUACCUGUGCUCCCUCAGCCCCGAGGAGCUGAGCUCCGUGCCCCCCAGCAGCAUCUGGGCGGUCAGGCCCCAGGACCUGGACACGUGUGACCCAAGGCAGCUGGACGUCCUCUAUCCCAAGGCCCGCCUUGCUUUCCAGAACAUGAACGGGUCCAAAUACUUCGUGAAGAUCCAGUCCUUCCUGGGUGGGGCCCCCACAGAGGAUUUGAAGGCGCUCAGUCAGCAGAAUGUGAGCAUGGACUUGGCCACGUUCAUGAAGCUGCGGACAGAUGCGGUGCUGCCGUUGACUGUGGCUGAGGUGCAGAAACUUCUGGGACCCCACGUGGAGGGCCUGAAGGCGGAGGAGCGGCACCCCCCGGUGCGGGACUGGAUCCUACGGCAGCGGCAGGACGACCUGGACACGCUGGGGCUGGGGCUACAGGGCGGCAUCCCCAACGGCUACCUGGUCCUAGACCUCAGCGUGCGAGAGGCCCUCUCGGGGACGCCCUGCCUCCUAGGAACUGGACCUGUUCUCACCGUCCUGGCACUGCUCCUAGCCUCCACCCUGGCCUGAGGGCCCCACUCCCUUGCUGGCCCCAGCCCUGCUGGGGAUCCCCGCCUGGCCAGGAGCAGGCACGGGUGGUCCCUGUUCCACCCCAAGAGAACUCGCGCUCAGUAAACGGGAACAUGCCCCCUGCAGACACGC